AUGCCUUUCAGCGAGCCGACGGUGCAGCUGAGCAAGCCGAACAUUGGAGUGUACACGAACACGAAGCACGAGCUAUGGAUUGCGCCAGCUGAGCCAUCUCUGGAGACGGUGCAGGCAGCAGGGGGGCUGAAGCCGGGCGAGGUGACGGUAGCGAUCCGGAGCACGGGCAUAUGCGGCUCGGACGUGCACUUCUGGCGACACGGCUGCAUUGGGCCGAUGGUUGUGACGGGAGACCACGUGCUGGGCCACGAGUCAGCCGGCGAGGUAGUGGCAGUGCACGCAGACGGAGCGAAGGACCUGACGGGCACGACGCUCAAGGUGGGCGACCGGGUAGCGAUCGAGCCGAACGUGAUCUGCGGAGCGUGCACGCCCUGUCUGACGGGACGGUACAACGGGUGCGAGCGGGUGCAGUUUCUGUCGACGCCACCGGUAGACGGGCUGCUGCGACGGUACGUCAACCACCCGGCGACGUGGUGCCACCGAAUCGGCGACACGAUGAGCUGGGAGGAGGGAUCGAUGCUGGAGCCGCUGAGCGUGGCGCUGGCCGGCAUCCAGCGGGCGCGUCUGGCCCUGGGCGACCCGCUGUUGGUGUGCGGCGCCGGACCGAUCGGCCUGGUGACGGCGCUGUGUGUGCGGGCUGCUGGUGCCUGUCCGCUGGUGAUCACGGACAUCGAUGCCGGCCGGUUGGCCUUUGCGCAGAAGCUGAUCCCGGGGAUCCGAACGGUGCAGCUGGCCGGAGGGCCGGCCGACAGCACGAAGACGCUCGAUGAGCAGGCCGAGACGACAGCCAAGCGCAUCGUUGCCGACGGCUUCGACGGUGUCGAACCGCUGCUCGCCAUCGACUGCACCGGGGUCGAGAGCAGCGUGGCUGCUGCCAUCUGGGCGGUGCAGUUUGGCGGCCGUGUCUUUGUCAUCGGCGUCGGCCGCAACGAGAUGCGCAUCCCAUUCAUGCGGGCCAGCGUGCGCGAGGUCGACCUGCAGUUCCAGUACCGCUACUGCAACACGUGGCCACGGGCCAUCCGGCUGGUGCAGAGCGGUCUCGUCGACCUCAAACCGCUGGUCACGCAUCGCUUCCAGCUGGAUGACGCCGUCGAGGCGUUUCGCACGGCGUCGGAUCCGUCCACGGGCGCCAUCAAGGUACAGAUCCAGAGCUUGGAAUAG